AUGGACCACGAAACUCUGGAACAACAAACGGCUCCAGAGAGUACUCGAGGUCUUUUUGACCCACCUGAAAUUGUUCCUUUGAGACCUUCAUCUUCAACGAAUCGUGCCGAUAAACGUCGAUCGCUUCAAGUAUUUGGUCAGCUGGAUAACAACAACAACCGUUCAUCUGGAAGCAAGCAGCAAAAUCGCAAUAGCCGUGGUGGGCGUGGUCAUCAACGUAGCAAGUCCGCUUCGAUCGCUGUAUCCAAUCAUGAUGGCAAUCGUCGGAAUACUAACUUUGGGUUACAUACCCUUGCGGAGGAAGAUGAUGGUGCACAAGGUCUCAGGAACCAACAACAACGCAAUGGUGCUGCUGCUGGUGAUGAUGCUGUCACUGUGGAUUCAUUGCAAACGAUGAUCAACACCCUCAAAACACUCCCCCGAGAACCGACACCUAGCACAAGUACGAGCAGCAAUAGCAAAAGGAAUAGUCGCCGCUCCAGCAGUUAUUUUGGACCACCUUCUGCUGCAGCAUCAGCAAACCAGGGUAAUGGCGAUGACCGACGUGUAUCACAAAAUGGGAACAACAGACGCAGUAUUGAUAUCCAAUCCUUAUUACCAAUUCCCGGUGCUCCAGGCUCAAAAUCGGAUCGUCGUAGAAGCAGCAUGAUGAUGCGAUCACUUUCAGCAUCCAAUGAGCAACAACAAGAGGAUGAGAAUGAGGAUACAUUGCUAUCUCGUGAGGCAGCUAGAGCUGAAGCAGAAGCCAAGCUUAUGGGCACCUUCAAAAAACCGGAUACAUCCAUGUCAACCCCCUCUUCUCGAAGACAAUCAGCACGUAGCUCCAUGUCCAGUGACCUUUUACGUUCUCUCAGCCGUCGCUAUUCCGAAGCCCCUGAGCUUAAUCAUGGUGCCGAUUCCAAGCGUGUAUCAUUGCAACUCCCCACAGUGUCCGAGAACGGAUCCGGAAGUAAUGGCCGUGCGAAUCGUCGUAUCACGUUCAACAAGCCCCUGAAUUUGGGUGAGGAUACUAACAAGAUUACACACCGAUCAUCACGCAACUUUGACAAUGAUUGGAGACCAAGUGUAUCUUCUCCCGCAUUGCCUUAUUCACCUCGUUCAUCCACCUAUCGCAACUCUUUCAACCUUGUGCCGUUUACGCCCACUCGUGUCAACUUUUCUCGAGAUGAUGCCAAUCCUCAUCAGCGACGUCCUUUGUUUAUUGCCCAUUUGCCUUUCUCAGCACUUACACCACUCUUUCGUGCACGUCAACUGGUUCGUGGCAUGUUGCGUGUCAACAAGCGUAAUCGAAGUGAUGCGUAUGUGGCCUGUGAUGAAUUGGAUGCCGAUAUCUAUGUAUGUGGCUCGCGUGACAGAAAUCGUGCCCUCGAAGGUGACGUGGUUGCCAUUCGUUUGGUGGAUGUGGAAAAGGUCUUGCGUGAAAAACGUGAAAAGGAGGAAGCCAAGCUCGCUCGUAACGGUGGCAAAGUCAAAGUGCGUUUACCUGAUGAAGAGGAUGAGAACGAGAUCAUUUUCGGUGGUGAUGAUGAUGUCGACACUGUCAAACCCAAAUAUUGUGGUGUCGUUGUUGCUAUUCUUGAACGUGCACAAAAUCAGGUGUUCUCUGGCACAUUAACACUCAUGCGUCCUAACAACAAGCGUGCCCAAGAAGAAAAGGCGGCUGAAGAAGCACAAAAGGCUGAGACGGGUCAAAAGCCUACCAAGGAAGCACCUAGGAUUGUAUGGUUCAAGGCCACCGAUAAGCGUGUACCUUUGAUUGCUAUUCCUAUUGAGCAAGCCCCAGCCGAUUUUGUCGAGAACAAUGAUGCCUAUACUAACAAGCUGUUUGUGGGCUCCAUUAAGCGUUGGCCUAUCACAUCGCUUCAUCCUUUCGGUACAUUGGAACGCGAACUUGGUGCCAUUGCCGAUCUCGAUGUUCAAACACAAGCUAUCCUGGCAGACAACAAUGUCACAGACACUGAUUUCCCCGAAGCUGUUAUGGGAUGCUUGCCUUCAUUACCCUAUACCAUGGAUGAGGAGGCGAUUACAAACAGACGUGAUAUGCAGAAUGUGCGUGUGUUUACACUUGCCGAUGCUGGUGCUGAAGUUAUCGACAAUGCCCUUUCGAUUCAAAAGUUGGGCGAUGAUACCUAUGAAGUGGGUGUGCACGUUAGUGAUGUUACGCACUUUAUCAAGGCACAUUCUCCAAUGGAUAAGGAGGCCCGUGCACGUGCGAUUCGCGUGGAAUUGAUUCACAAGGCAGUGCCCAUUUUGCCAAAGGAGUUGACUGAGCAAGUGACCAACCUGGUACCCAAUGAGCCAAGACUUGCGUUUUCAGUUGUUUGGAAGCUCAGCUCGGCAGGCAAGAUUUUGGAUACGUGGUUUGGCAAAACUAUUGUCAAGUCACACGCCCAAUUCACAUUGGAUGAUGCUCAAAAGGCUUUGAACGAUGAAUUGACCUCUGACAUUGUUGCUGACAAGGAACUUCAAGAUGCUCUUGUUCAAGAUCUACGUACUUUGCAUGGAAUUGCCAAUGAGUUGCAUGAUUCACGUUCUAAGGAUGGCAUCAUGACCCAAAUGCGUGAUGAGCUUAAGUUUGGUUUCGAUGACAACAACGAUCCAUCAUCCAUUGUCACCAAGGCUAAGAAGCCCGCUUUGAAGAUCUUGAAGGAGUUCUUGUUGCUUGCAAAUCAAUGCGUUGCCCAAAAGAUCUCGAGCCAGUUCCCAGAACAAGCUUUGCUUCGUCGUCAUGCACCACCUAAGGAACGCCGAAUCCGCGAACUUGAAGACUAUGUGAGACAACACAUUGGCGUGGAUAUGGAUGUGUCUAGUGCUGGCAGCAUUGAGCGCUCGAUUGAAGCCAUUGAAGACCCCCAUGUUCGCAAGAUGGUCUCUGUCAUUGUUCUCAAGACAAUGCAACCACCCCGCUACUUUUGUACCGGCACCCUUGAUAUUCUCAAGUAUUCGCACUAUGCUCUCAAUGUUCCCUUGUUCACCCAUUUUACAUCACCAUCGACUCGUUUCGCUGACAUUAUCAGCCACCGACAACUCGAGACAGCUCUUACUGGUGAAAAGCGCUUUUACCUUGAUCGUGACACUGUUCAAAAAUUGGCACAGCAUUGCAAUGUCAAAAAGGAAGCUGCAUUGUAUGCACGUGAACAAAGCAGCAUGUUGUUUAUGGCGUCGUAUCUUAGCAAGCGUGGUAUUCGUCCUGCUGAUGCCAGCCAUAUCACUGUUGUUCGCCGCGAAGCGCUUGUGGUGGCUGCAUUUGAGCAAUACUUUGAUGUGAUGAUCCCCGAACUCAAUUUGGAACGACGUAUUCAUCUCGCAAACUUGCCAGUGUGGCGUUCUGAAUAUGAUCAAGAGACACGCUCGCUUACCAUGUAUUGGACCAAAGGCGUGGACACCAAGACUGGCAAGCAACGUGCAUGGUCCAUGUCGGAUGAUGAAGAGGAUGAUAUGGAUGAAGAGGCUCUUUUGGAAGAAAUGCAUAAUGGAAAACCACCAAGUCCUCCACCUUCCUCCUUCGUGCAACCAGAACCCACCACCUCUACACAAAACAAACGUGCUUCCAUGGUCCUUGCUCGCUUGUCAGAAAGUACCAAUUACAGCACCGACCUUGGAACCCAAACCAUCAAGGCCUUGGAUAAGAUCCAGGUUUUGAUCACGGUGGAAAUGAUCAAAACGCCUCCUUUGAUUCGUGUUUUGGGUGCCAACCCAUACGCGUAA